CUUUCUUUGUGAACAGAAAGAUAAAUAAAUGAUAAAGGACAGGACAUGAAAUGUUUGUUUGAACAGCUCCAAUUCGCAGAAGGUAUCGAUAUCGGAUGGAAUCGCCAACUGAUAUCGGCAGAUGAGAAACCAAAUCAAUGCUAUCUCACAUCACUAAAUGAUACAUUUCCACAAAUGUCCUUUUUCCAAAACUAUUAAACAAACUUGAAAUUCUGUCGACGUUGGCUUCAACUGUCAAUUCCAAGCCAAAGCCUCCAGGUUGCGCUGUUGCACUUCGGUGGGUUUGGAGAAGAACCAAAGGCAGGCUGGUGAGUGAUGAGGAAGAUCCACUGCUGCUCUCCUCUCUCCCGGUCUAGACAUCACAUCACUCGGCCUAGCCGGCUAGCUACUUAGCUGCUUCGAUUUGUUUUGGACAAAAUGUCUACCACAACCGGCGGCGGGGAGUUUGGCAACCCUCUACGGAAAUUUAAGCUCGUUUUCCUGGGGGAGCAGAGUGUUGGGAAGACCUCACUCAUCACCAGGUUCAUGUAUGACAGCUUUGACAACACUUACCAGGCAACAAUUGGCAUUGACUUCUUGUCAAAAACCAUGUACCUAGAAGAUCGCACGAUCCGGCUGCAGCUCUGGGACACGGCGGGACAGGAGCGCUUCCGCAGCCUCAUCCCGAGUUACAUCCGAGACUCGGCUGCUGCAGUUGUGGUUUAUGACAUAGCCAAUCUAAACUCCUUCCAACAAACCUCAAAGUGGAUCGACGACGUUCGAACGGAGAGAGGAAGCGAUGUCAUUAUCAUGCUUGUUGGCAACAAAACAGACCUGGCGGAUAAAAGGCAGGUUUCAGUUGAGGCGGCGGAGAGGAAAGCUCGUGAGCUGAAUGUGAUGUACAUAGAGACCAGCGCCAAGGCUGGCUAUAACGUCAAACAGCUGUUCCGGCGUGUGGCGGCUGCGUUGCCCGGGAUGGACAGCACAGCGGAGAAGAGCAAAGAAGACAUGAUUGACAUCAAGCUGGAGAAGCAGCCGGAGAUGACGGUCACCGAGAGCAGCUGCUCGUGCUAGUACACCCCCCCCUCCCCAGCCCCCAGCUCACCAAGCCCACAUAGGACCCCACCACCCACCGUUCUUCUCAACUCAGCGAGGUUUCACAGUCACCACGCGGAUGUGCAUCCAAGGAGUUAGCCGAUCCGUCUUCAUCCAGUUGCAUGGCAUUAUCUAGACCGCUUCUUGGGUUAUUGCACAUGCUCAGACUCUUUGUGCUGUUACUCUUUCCGUCUUUGUUGUAAAGUGCCACGUUGGGCUCUGGUUUUUUUUUAUAGUUUGCCUGACGUUCAGAGAUAGCCGCUUGUUUCUCAUUUUAAGGAAGUAGAGACAGGAUCUUACUAAUCAUCAGCAUUCACGCAAACCACAUUGUCUCACUUCAUGGCAGCUGAAACAUGGCGAGAAUGGCCAUUUAGCAAUGUUGGAUCUUAAGGAGGUUCUCAGUAGGCCUUGGAGAUGCACAAAGAAGUUGCUUUGGUCUCCCAUUUCCUUCGUUUGCAUUUUCAUUCUCGACUUGGAACCUCCUUAAGCGCCCACAGUGCAAAACGGACAUCCUUGACGUUCUGCUCUUCCCAGUCGGAAGGCAUCAUGUAGACUUGUAUCAUGUCAGACCCCAAACACCAAACAAAACCCUAGACAACGUUCAUCCCAAAUAACCUGGAGCUGUCAUCCUCGCACCCUAAGUACUUCCAGUCAGCGCUGGUUCCGCCAUGCCGUGGAUCCUUGGUGUGCCGAGUAGACACCGAUGGCAGCGUCUGCUGGCCAUGCAGGAUUUCCAUGGCGACAGUACAGAUGCCUUGCUUGGUUCUUCUUCACCGACGUCGUGCACUGAAUCAAGCCACAAUAUUGUAAAAUACACCAAAAGGGGAAGCGGGCCGACCAGUCCGUGGCUUGGGACUAGCGGUUUUGUAGAGUAGGUAGAGACGCUCAACAACGCUUACUAACAAACACCCUCGCUGUAAAAAGUGUUCAAAAGCAGCUGCUCGCGGUAUCCUUGGCUGUAUUGCUAGAAUUGCUUGUGUAGGACUGUUGAUUUUAUGUGAUUAUUUAUUCAGCAACUGGAUCAUACACAUAACAUUGUUGGCGUUUGACCAAAAGUACAGAUGCUGAAGCGCAUGAAGAAAAGAUUUUAUUUAUUUGUGUCUGCUGGGACUCUCACUCAUAAUCUUGCUGGCGUGUCACAGUAACACAGUUUAGUCAACUUGGUAAACACACACGGUGGACGCAUAGAUGAGCGAUUUAGCCACAGCAUAACCGGUUUGAAACGACAUUUUAACAAUAAUACACGGAUUUAGCUACGACUUGCCACAAGUUAAUACUCCAGCUUGGUGUCUGUCCACUUGAAGUUUGCCGUCUACUCGUGUUUGUGUCAGUACUAUUUACUAUCUGCUGUGUACAAAAGGAAGACUUAAUGACACACAAGUUGUAGGCCUAUCACACGGAGAAAAUAAAGUUAUUUCACCA